AAGUUGAUACUUUGUAUAGAUCGGCUCAUAUGAAACUUUAGUUUCAAGUACUUCACAAUUUCACAUAACUCAAAAAUAAUAAAAAUGGGUAUCAAUAAAAUAUUUAUUAGCAGAGCUUACAGUACGAGAAUAAAUUUGAAUAGAGAUGUAGUUAUUGUAAGUGCGGUAAGAACACCGAUGGGUUCAUUUCUUGGAUCAUUGUCGUCGAUACCGGCUCCGAAACUUGGUGCCAUUGCUAUACAAGCUGCUGUUGAACGUGCACGUGUCACUAAGGAACAAGUUGAUGAAGUUUACAUGGGCAAUGUUUUGCAAGCAGGGUUAAAACAGGCACCAGCUAGACAAGCAACUUUAUUCGCUGGUCUACUAACAUCAACAAUUUGUACAACAAUAAAUAAAGUAUGUGCAAGUGGAAUGAAAAGUGUUAUGUUAGCAGCCCAAUCAUUGCUGUGCGGACAUCAGGAUAUUAUUUUAGCUGGUGGUAUGGAAUCAAUGUCUAAUGUUCCAUAUUAUUUGAAACGUGGCAUUACACCUUACGGUGGAGUUACUUUACAUGAUGGAAUUAUAUUUGAUGGAUUGAUGGAUGCAUUCAACGAAGGUUUCAUAAUGGGCAAGUGCGCUGAAAUGACUGCUAAAAAAUUAGGAAUCACUCGUCAAGAGCAAGAUGAAUAUGCGAUAAAUAGUUACAAACGCAGUGCAUCCGCUUGGCGAAGUAAAGUUUUUGAAGAUGAAAUAGUUCCUGUCAAUGUACCAACUAAACGUGGAAUGCCGGAUUUGAUAGUAAAUGAAGACGAAGAAUUUAAGCGUGUCAAUUUUGAUAAAUUUAGCAAAUUGAAACCAGUCUUUCAAAAAGAUAAUGGGACUAUCACGGCUGGAAACGCGUCAACGUUAAAUGACGGUGCUGCUGCAUUAAUUUUAACGACUGCCGAAGUUGCUGAAAAAUUAAAUCUCAAACCAUUGGCACGAAUUAUCGAUUUUCAUGAUGCUGCCACUGAUCCGAUUGACUUUCCGAUAGCGCCAGCAUUUGCUAUUCCAAAAUUACUUGAAAAAGCUGGAGUUAAGAAAGAUGAUGUUGCGCUAUGGGAAAUAAAUGAAGCAUUUAGUGCCGUUGCGAUCGCUAAUCAAAAACAAUUAAAUCUUGAUCCAGCAAAGUUUAAUGUCCAUGGUGGCGCUGUAUCCCUUGGACAUCCCGUUGGAAUGUCUGGUGCUAGAAUAAUUGUUCACUUAGUCCACGCAUUAAAGCAAGGCCAGAAAGGUGUUGCGUCAAUUUGUAACGGCGGUGGAGGUGCAUCAUCUAUUUUAAUUGAAAAAUUUGAUGAAUAAAUAUUUUCGUUAAUGUUAAUGUUGAUGAUUGAUGUCAAUAUGUAUGAUUAAAAUACCCAUGCGUGUAGGAGACAUCCAAUUUCACCAAGCCCGUCAUUGCCAAGACUUCAGUUAUUUACUAAAAAUCCAUGCCCACUAUGCGAUG